AUGCAUCCGGGGAAUCUAUGGGGAGGGAAGCUCGACGCCGUAGACAGCGACCGAGCAGUGGCGGAGGAAGAAGAGAGGCGGAGGAACAUGUCGGAGUGGGAUCAAGGAGCUCUUCACUCACAGCGGUUAGCGGAGGAAAACCAGCGGAACCAAUUGGACGAGACACAACAAAGCUGGUUACUUGCACCGCAAGAUAGCUGGAAGAAGAAGAGAAAGAAGUAUGUAAACCUAGGUUGUGUUUCCGUGAGCCGCACGGUGUUUUUGUGGACCAUUGGAUCUAUCGUCGUCUUGUUCCUCGUCGUUGCUCUUCCGAUCAUCAUCGUCAAGUCGUUGCCUCGUCCUAAGACUACCCCUACUCUGUCUGAUAAUUACACUCUUGCCCUCCAUAAGGCUAUCCUAUUUUUCGAUGCCCAAAAAUCCGGUAAAUUGCCGAAGACCAAUCAGCGGGUUCCGUGGAGAGGAGAUUCGGGGCUGAAGGAUGGGCUGAAGGAUGUGGUCGGAGGAUUGGUCGGAGGAUACUAUGACGGAGGAAGCAACACCAAGUUUCAUUUUCCGAUGGCAUUCUCAAUGACAAUGCUAAGUUGGAGCCUCAUUGAGUAUAGUCACAAAUUCAAAGCCAUCAAUGAGUACGAUCACAUGAGAGAUGUUCUCAAAUGGGGCACUGAUUACCUUCUUCUCACUUUCAACAACUCUGCUUCUCGCCCUGAUCAUAUUUACACUCAGGUUGGUGGAGGACUUAGAGAAUCAGAAUCACCUGAUGAUAUCUACUGCUGGCAAAGACCAGAAGACAUGUCUUACGAUCGUCCUGUCCUCUCCGCCACUGCCGCCACCGACCUCGGCGCAGAAGUCGCAUCCGCCUUAGCCGCUGCCUCAAUCGUCUUCACAGACAAACCAAGCUACGCCAAAAAACUCAAAAAAGGAGCAGAAACUCUAUGGCCAUUCUUUAGAAGCAAAUCCAGACGCAAACGCUACUCAAAUGGUCAACCAACGAGUGAGGCCUUCUACAACUCAACAAGUAUGUUCGACGAGCUAAUGUGGGCCGGUGCUUGGCUUUACUACGCCACUGGAAACAAGACUUACAUACAACUUGCCACGGACCCGAGAGUGCCUCAAACGGCUAAAGCUUUUACUAAUCGACCGGAGCUAAUGGUUCCGAGCUGGAAUAACAAAUUACCUGGAGCUAUGUUGUUGAUGACUCGGUAUAGAUUGUUCUUGAAUCCUGGUUUUCCUUAUGAGAACAUGCUCAAUAGGUACCAUAACGCUACUGGUGUCACCAUGUGUGCUUAUCUUAAGCAGUACAAUGUUUUUAACCGGACUUCAGGAGGGCUUAUUCAAGUGAACAUGGGGAAACCAAGACCACUUGAAUAUGUGGCGCAUGCUUCUUUCUUAGCUUCUUUGUUUGCGGAUUAUUUGAAUUCAACUGGAGUUCCUGGAUGGUAUUGUGGCCCUACCUUUGUCUCCACUCAUGUUCUUAAAGAUUUCGCUAAAUCUCAGAUUGAUUACAUUCUUGGAGAUAACCCCAAAAAAAUGAGCUACGUGGUUGGAUUCGGAAACAAGUUUCCAAGACGCGUUCAUCACCGAGGAGCCACGAUUCCAAAGGACAAGAAGAGAAGAAGCUGUAGAGAAGGGCUGAAGUAUAGAGACACAAAGAAUCAAAACCCACACAAUAUCACAGGAGCUAUGGUCGGGGGACCAAACAAGUUCGAUCAGUUCAAUGACAUACGAAGCAAUUACAAUGCGAGUGAGCCUACUCUUUCAGGAAAUGCAGGUCUCGUGGCUGCUCUUGUUUCCUUAACCAGUAGUGGCGGCUACACAAUCGAUAAGAACACAAUGUUCAAUGGUGUUCCUCCCCUCUAUCCUCCAACCCCACCACCUCCUAAAGCCUGGAGGCCUUGA